AUUAUUUGCGAGGGCAUGGGAUGGAUUCUGAACUCUGGCAUUCAUGGGAAUCUUUUCCCUAUUUUUAGAUCAUUUUUCCCUACUGGGGAGUACAUUAUUUUUCUCUUUGUUGAUUCAUCUCUGCUGGUUGAGUAUAUGAUUGUUGGUGCUUCAUUCUUUGACAAAAACUAUUUUCAGAUUUUUGAUGGGCACAAUGGGAAUGCUGCUGCUAUAUUUACAAGGGAAAACUUGUUAAAUCAUGUACUGAGUGCAGUACCUCGAGGGCUUGGACGGGAUGAGUGGCUUCAAGCUUUACCUCGGGCAUUAGUUGCUGGGUUCGUGAAGACUGACAAGGAAUUCCAGAGCAGAGGAGAAACUUCUGGAACUACUGCUACGUUUGUAAUUGUCGAUGGGUGGACUGUGACAGUUGCAUCUGUGGGAGACUCACGUUGCAUUUUGGAUGCUCAGGGUGGUGCCAUCUCCAUCUUGACUGUUGAUCAUAGGCUGGAGGAAAAUGUGGAGGAGAGGGAACGUGUUACUGCUAGUGGAGGUGAGGUUGGGAGGCUCAGUAUUUUUGGUGGUGCUGAGGUUGGUCCCCUCCGUUGUUGGCCAGGGGGUUUGUGCCUUUCAAGGUCCAUUGGGGACAUGGAUGUUGGGGAGUUUAUAGUUCCGGUGCCAUAUGUUAAACAAGUGAAGCUAUCAAGUGCUGGGGGAAGGCUUAUAAUUGCUUCUGAUGGCAUCUGGGAUGCACUAUCUUCUGAGAUGGCUGCAAAAUCUUGCCGGGGUUUGCCGGCAGAGCUUGCUGCUAGGCAAGUGGUGAAGGAAGCAUUGAGGACAAGAGGGCUGAAGGAUGAUACAACCUGCAUUGUUGUUGACAUAAUUCCUCCAGAUGUCUCAGCACCCCCUUCACCCACUCCAAAAAAGCAAAAUAAGUUUAAAUCUCUCAUCUUCAGGAAGAGGUCCCAUGAUUCUACCAAUAAACUCGCAAAAAAGCUAUCGGCUAUAGGCAUAGUGGAAGAGCUAUUUGAAGAAGGCUCAGCAAUGCUUGCAGAAAGACUCGGAAAUGACUCAUCGACAGGGCAGUCUACAUCUGGUCUUUUCACAUGUGCUGUUUGCCAAGUUGAUUUAGCCCCAAGUGAGGGGAUUUCGGUUCAUGCUGGUUCGAUUUUCUCCACCAGCUCAAAGCCUUGGCAAGGUCCAUUCCUCUGUGCUGCCUGCCGUAAUAAGAAGGAUGCCAUGGAAGGAAAGAGGCCUAGUGGAGUCAAAGUCGUAUAAUCAAUAUUGUACUUUUCCUCUCAUAUUCUUUCCUCCUUUCCCUUCUCCCCUCCCCUUGAUCCCUUGUAUUUGUUCUUCUGACGGCCCAUUUUUCUUGGCCCAUUCCAUGUGUAUGUAAUGUUUAAUAUUGUGGCAUCUGAAGAGAAUUAUGUUAAUUUUUA